GCGGGGGCGGGGCCGGGUGAGGGCCCGGGGGGCUUGAGGGGGUCGGGGGGCGCUGAGGGGACCCUGGGGGGACCCUGAGGGGACCCUGAGGGGACAGCGGAGCCAUGCGGCUGCUGCGGUGCCUCGGGAAACGCGCGGCGCUGGCCGGCGUCCCCACCUACAUCGAGCACUUCAGCAAGUUCUCGCCGUCGCCGCUCUCCAUGAAGCAGUUUCUGGACUUCGGCUCCAGCAAUGCCUGUGAGAAGACGUCGUUCGCCUUCCUGCGCCAGGAGCUGCCCGUGCGCCUCUCCAACAUCAUGAAGGAGAUCAACCUGCUCCCGGACCGGGUGCUGCGCACGCCCUCCGUGCAGCUGGUGCAGAGCUGGUACGUGCAGAGCCUGCUGGACAUCAUGGAAUUCCACGACAGGGACCCCGAGGACCAAACCACGCUGGGACAGUUCACCAACGCGCUGGUGACAAUCCGGAACCGGCACAACGACGUUGUCCCCACCAUGGCUCAGGGGGUGAUCGAGUACAAGGAGACGUACGGGGACGACCCCGUGUCCAACCAGAACAUCCAGUACUUCCUGGACCGCUUCUACCUGAGCCGCAUCUCCAUCCGCAUGCUCAUCAACCAGCACACCCUGCUCUUCGAUGGCAGCACCAACCCCGCUCACCCCAAGCACAUCGGGAGCAUCGACCCCCACUGCAACGUGGCCAACGUGGUGAGAGAUGCCUACAACAUGGCCAAGCUGCUGUGUGACAAAUACUACAUGGCCUCACCUGAGCUGGAGAUCGAGGAGGUCAACGCCUGCAACUCGGAGCAGCCCGUGAGCAUCGUCUACGUCCCGUCCCACCUGUACCACAUGCUCUUCGAGCUCUUCAAGAAUGCCAUGAGAGCCACGGUGGAGAGCCACGAGAACAGCCCCCGACUGCCGGCCAUCAGGGUGAUGGUGGCCCUGGGCCAGGAGGACCUGUCCAUCCGGAUGAGUGACAGGGGCAUGGGGGUGCCCCUGAGGAAGAUCGAGCGGCUCUUCAGCUACAUGUACUCGACAGCCCCCACCCCCCAGCUGGGCUCUGGGGGGGCCCCCCUGGCCGGCUUUGGCUACGGGCUGCCCAUCUCCCGCCUCUACGCCAAGUACUUCCAGGGGGACCUGCAGCUCUUCUCCAUGGAGGGCUUCGGCACCGACGCCGUCAUCUACCUGAAGGCGCUGUCCACGGACUCGGUGGAGCGGCUGCCCGUGUACAACAAGUCGGCCUGGCGGCACUACCAGGCCAGCCAGGAGGCCGGGGACUGGUGCGUGCCCAGCACCGAGCCCAAGAACACCUCCACCUACCGCGUGCCCUGAGCCCCCCCGGGCCACCCCCACCGGGCACCGGGACCCCUCAGCCCCACCCACGAGGAGUCCCCGAGUGCCCCCGGGGGGGGGGUGUUUGGUUCUUUGGGAUCUUUGGGAAGUGCGGGGGGGGGGGGUGUGGGCGUGUCCUGGUGUCCCCGCCUUGGUGGCACUUAGGGACGGAGCUGGGGGAGUUGGAGCAGUGCCUGUUGUUCCCACAGUGCCCCCCGAAGUUCCCACCCACCCCAGGGGUGCCCCCAUCCCAGCAAGGGACUGGUCCUGUCCCAGUAGGACCAGUAGCACUUCCCUGCACCCACGGCCCUGAUGGGGUGGGGGGACCUGAGCCCCCCCUCUGUCCCUCCCUCCCCCACCAUGUUCCUGUCCCUGCUCCCCUCCUGUUGUUGCACUACUGAGCUGUCCCCACGUCCCCACUUGCUGUGACCUGUUCAAGCCCCUCCUCCCAUUCCCCAGUUUCCCCCCUAACCCCCCCAGACCCCUCCCCACUGUCAAUAAAUUGGAUGUUAACUGAA